ACAUACAUAGGAUUGCUUUGUAAGUUUGAUUAUUUGUUUGAUUAGGAUCUAUGCAUUUCUUCAGAGAAACAGACGAAUGCUUUUUAAUAAUGAAAAUAAAUAUUUAACCAGAAGAAAAGUAUUUGCUGUUGCAAGAAAAAAAUGUUCUUAAAACUGUAAUAGUGCAACCAUAUCCAUGACUAAAAGUGUUCCCAGGAAAGUAGGGGAAGGAUCCUACCUAUAUUACAAUUUUCAAGAAGUGGACCAAAACUUCCAUUGGGAAGUGAACAAUUCUGCAUCUGUAGAAUUUCACAUUUUUGUGUUUUUUUUUUAACAUGAGAACUUAGAAGAGGUAAUAGUUGACAUUCAGAAGGAAUAUGUAUUAUAGCAAGGGAGACAGGAAAGCAACUGAUUGAAUUUAACUCCUCAGAACUGCUGCUGUUUUGUGGAAGCCUACUUGGACACUUCAAUUGGAUGCAGGGAGUACUGCUUCCUGCUAGCCCACUGAAGCUGCUCCUUCUCCCAGAACAGUACUGCAAGUUUUAGUACACACUGAAAUAUAUACAAUACCAUGAGAAAAACACAGCAUAUGGAAGAGUUGUGAUAUGAUGACAGGAAUAAAGAAAGGAAGAAGGCUUGGGAGCUGAGAAUCAAUUGGGCAAACUGGACAUAAAGUUCACUGUGGGAACGCUCUAAUGGAUGACGGGGAAUCUCCCACAGAUGACCUGCAGUUAAAUUUACAAGACCUGCUUCAUACCGAUGGACACUUAGCAAAGAUCAAAACUUGCUUGGCUUCUUCUCCAGAUGAAAAUGAAAAUCAGCUUAAUGGCAGCAAGCCCAAUGCCCUGAAAAGCAGUGAUGAUACAAUGGGAAGAGUUGAGCAGGAUAGCAUAAAUAAUAAUGAGGACAGUGGAGACUACACAUCAUGUUGCCAAGAAGAUGAAAGUGACAAGCCAUCUACAAGUUUUACUACAGAUGCUAUGCUCAUUCUAGAAAAAUGUGCCUCUGAAAAAAAGAGUUCAAUGAAAAUAAAAGGCUCCAGUGGGAAAGAUUUUUCCACGGCCAAGCGAGAGAAGACUGAUAUUAAAACAACAGUUUGUACACAAGGUGAAGAUGGAGACAAGACAAAUGCAAACUGUCCACAAAAGGAUUCAAACCAGACUUUGCAAGCCCUCUUCUCUCAUCUUCAAGAAGAAUUUGAUCAGUUGAAUUCACGAGUGCUGCCCAUAUGCCUCCAUCAGAUGGCUGAAACCUAUUUCCAUGAUGGGGAAUAUGAGAAAGCCAUGAAGUUUAUUCAGCUUGAACGGUUAUAUCAUGAACAGCUGCUUGCAAAUCUUUCUUCUAUUCAGCAGCAGUGGGAAAAAAAAUGGAAAGCAACAGCAUCUAAUGAGGCCCCAGAUCUAAAGAAUUCUUCUAAAGGGCUGAAUAAUGAAGAGUUAAGCAAACUUGCUGAACUUUGCACGAUGCAUCAAGAGCCACUUACCUCCAGAAGCAAGCUAAUAAGUAAAGAAAAAUCCUUGAGACAUGAGAGUUUCAUACGUUUAAUAGUAUCUGAAGAUUUAAAGGAAAGAGGCGCUGCUGCUGGAUAUGAUUCAGAUCUACGAAACAACCCUGGCUUUGGACCAGAGAAGGAAUAUCAUCUUAAAAAGAGCCAGAGGAGUGAGAGCUUCCAACCAGAAAGCUAUCAUACACUUAAGGAGAAGGCUAGUCUUCAGCUGACUGUGGGGAAGGACCGUAUGGAGGAGGAGCGCUGCAGUGAUGAAUCAACACUGGAGCUACCCACCCAGUCCACAGGGACGCUAGGCACGCCUUGCUCUGGCUGUUUAUCUUCUAGGGAUGCUAGCAAAGAUGACAGUCUGCAGCAAAAAGGACAGUUCUCUGAGGAUGUAGCAAAAAUAGAAGCAACUGUUGAAGUGUUUACAGCAAAGAGCUCUACACAGCUGAUGGUAGACACACUGAUUUUGACAGAUGCUGAUUAUAUACCUCCUGAUUUGAUUUCCUCAGAUGAAAAUGUUCAGUCUGGAAGAAACUUUCUUAGGUCAAAACACUGUUCUGGCUCUGUUGCAAUUUCUGGUAGCCUGUUGGGAAGCAGCAUAUUAAGCCAACAGCAGCAGCAGCAACCUAAUUAUGGAAAUGGUAGAAAAUCUGUGCAAGACAAAACAUCAGGUGUCAGUGGAAAUGUGCAGUCUGAAAGUAAUGUGUCUGAAGAGGCCAGGGAUGCAUACAAAAGGAUACAAGAGGAAGCAGCAGUACUGGAAGAAGAAUGUGAAAGUGAAGAACCAGAAGACUUCUUUGUUCAGUUUUUAAAAGAGAGUAUAAAAGGCAGAGAAGAGUCUCUUAAAUUCUUAGAAAGCCAAGGGCACUCUGAAAGUCUUCCAACUGAACAAGCACUUUAUAGUUCAUUGGAAAGUUAUUCAUUGGAUGAAAGCUUUUCUUCACUUGAUGAACUUGCAAAACGGAUAGAAAUUGCAGAGACUAUUCCUGCAGAGGGGCUUGUGUCCAUAUUAAAGAAAAGAGAUGACAGUGAAGGAAAAACACUUGCUCAAAUCCAGCAGAAACAGUCUAAAAGAAGAGUGAGAUUCCAAGAAAUGGAAGACACAUUAGAUCAAGAGGAAGUUGGAGGUGGUUCUUGUGUUCUGCUGAUCUUACUGUGCAUAGCAACUGUAUUUCUUAGCAUUGGAGGAACUGCACUGUACUGCACAUUAGGUGAUGCAGAAUCCCCAGUAUGUACUGACUUUUCAGCAAAUGUGGACUUUUAUUAUACCCGAAUACUCCAGGGUAUUGAAGAACUUAAGCACUGGAUAUCCUUCUCAUAAAGGAAAUGAAGAUGAACAAUUUGUUGACAGUUGCUCAAGAAAAAAUAUUACUUCAGGCUUAUUAUAACAUGACACCUUCAGAAGAGGUACAAGUCGUAUGUAGGAACUUAUUUCCAGUAAUCAGGAAUAUAUUGAUAGGAUUCAUAUUGAGUUAUGAGGCAACAUGAGAGACUGAUAAACAAAUUGUCCUAAUGUUCACCUUUUGAGAUGCUUUCAACAGCCAUCUAUCGUCAAUCUUGCUUUGAAGAGUCAGCUAUCUGCUAACCUUAAGGAAAUUAUGAAAAAGGUGAUCACCUUCCAUAGAGUUUCCAGUUCUCAUACAUUCAUAAGCAAUCUAUGUAAGUGUGUACAAGACUUGAUUUAUUUUUUCAGCUGAUCAUGCAACAAUAUUGCAACUCCAACUAUCAUGCAUUAACUCCAUGGUUUAUGGAAAUUUAUCUUAUUUGGCUGUAAUUAAUGUCUAAUUUUUAAAAAUUGUCCUAGUGAGUUGUGUAAAAAUUGGGAUGGUGCCACAUAAAUGACAGCCCACAAUCUAAAUGCUGGUUAAUUGCUUUGCAUUUCAGAAUAUAGCAACUGUAAUAAGUGAUGCAUCCAUCGCGUCAUAACAUGGCCUUGGCAAACCAUGCAAAGUUUUAAAAAUGGUGAAUUCCUCAAAAGUGGUGUUUUAAAAAAUACACAGAACAAAAAGGGACAUUUUAAUAAAUUUUACUGUUAAUAAUAAACUGUAUUACCCACAUCCCUUCAAAAGGGACCAUUUUACCCAUUUUAUUGUUUAGAUGUCCAUCUAUGAUGCUUUGAAUAUUCAUCUAAAAUGUAAUGUGUGUAUGCAACAAUUUGCAAACACUGGCAUCAUACAGGAACAUUUGUCAGGAGCCAUGUUUGGCUAUAAAUUCUGUUGAUGGCUAACCUACAUCUAUGUAAUGAGCAAAAUGGGCCAGAAACAAUAUCAAAAUUCCCCUUCACUGAAAUAAAUCUACUGAUUUCUGUGUAACCAGAUUGUGAAGAAUAUGCUGAACUCAGAAAGAUCAUAUAUCCUGAUAAGUAUAUGCAACUAUCAGUUAAAUACUUGAGAUAAAUGCCUCAAAAUGAUUAAAUUAAAAGAAUUGAAAUCUAACUUUGCUCCUCAGACCCUCAGUAACAGGCACUGUGACCCAGUUAUGCAGUUGCAUCAGCAACUCCUUCCGACUAUGGAGCUAGAAUUCUAUCUCCCUCAUGAUCCAGCACUUGUUUGUUUUGUUUUCCUCUUAAGUCUCCUCAUAGCUUUUUUAAUUCUUCUUGUCAGUCACAGUCCUCUUAAAAAAACCUCUUAAACAUUUGAAUGAAAAAUGAACGAAGGCAAAAGUAUUCAUGAACAGAUAUGUAUUAGAUUGAAUAACAUUGCAUGCAAUCAGACUUAUUUCCAUGAUUUUUAGAACCAGGGAUUUUUCUACCUCCAGAGCCCAUUUUUCACAGCAAAUGCUGCGGAGGAACCUCUCUACAUGAUGGAGGAUUCUAGACACGUUCUAAACCACACACAGUUGAUGCAGGGCACUAGAUCCUCACCUUCUUGGCAUAUAUGCAAACCAUUCCUAAGCUAUGUUUGUCAUUUUUUCCUCCAGUUCAGAAGAAACCUGCCAUAUGGUUCACAGAGCCAGUUUUCAAAAAAUGCAAACCCAAAACCCUCCUGGCUACCCCACAUUGUUCUACUUAAUAUUGGAUCCUGGACAAUGUGUAUGAGCUGCCUAGGAAGAUUUGCAGUAAAUGUGGUGACUAGAGUUGAUGUGAAUGUGGGAUUGCUUUUGACGAGGUACAUUUUGUAUUUGAGGAACAUUUUGCAACGCAGUUUAUGCAGUGAUAAAGUGGUCUGUUCAAAGAGAAGCAACUGAAGUCUGACCAAUGCCUGGAUGUAUACUAUCUUGAGUUCCAUGAUGGAAGAAAAGUGUGAAGUAACUAUAAUUAAAUUGACUACUUGGGUAUUCCCAAGAUCUUAGGUGUAUCUAAAUAGCUGUCUUGAUGUUAGCCAUCACAGCUUGCACUAUUCUUGGUGGAAAUGAUUAUCCUCCUUUCUGCCAUCCUUUUAAAUAUUUGAAAAUAAUUGUCAUCCCAUGCCUAGCAUCUUCCUUUUUUUCAGCAUGGAAGAAAUUCUUCAGCCCAUCCUCUUGAAUCCUUAUCCUCAAUAUUUGCCCUUCUCAAAUUCCCAAAUGACGUUUUCACAAUAGUGACUAAACCAUUAUCUUCAUAAAUAGUGCUAUUGUCUCGCAUUCCUUAUAUGCAAAAGCUCCUGUCUAGACUGCCUUCUGCACCAAUGCUUUACACUGAUCCUCCUUUCUAAACAAUGUUGCUGUCUAGCCAGUUGUCCCUCUGCAUUUCUCAUAUAAUUUGAUUAAAUCUAAGUAUUCAACUUCCCAUGCCUGCUUCCUACAAUCUCAGAGAAGCCUAAUUUCCAUUUUUACCUCUUGCCCACCAAUCUCAUACUUGCAUUGACAUAUAUGUCUGCAACAGUGGUAAAUUUCAAACAGCAGGUUCUCAACGUGACAAUCUCUGCUAUCAUGCCCUUAGGGAGAGUCCAGAAAGAUCAUAUCAAACAUUCUAGCAGUUUUCAAAUCGUUCAGAAACAGGUAAUCUUUAUAGCUAAUUCACCUUAGUUGUCAGUUCAAAAGCAAGUCACCCCAAAAUAUUGUGCAUUACAACAGGGAUAGAUGGGCAACAAUAUAUUGCUGCUGGAAAAUCUUUUUCCCCAGCUACUGCAGUUACUGUCAAGACUGCAGCUUGAACUCACAAGGAACAGAGAGGUUUGAGCUGAGAUGGCAAAUCAUAAAGCCUCUGUACUCUCACUGCAAGCCCUGACUCCACUACAACACCGGUCCACAAUGCUGGUGCAGUGUUUUAUUUGCUCUGUUAUUCUGGCAUGGGUACUUCAAGCUUAGGCUAGGAUCUAAAUGGCUCAUUGGCUGUAUGUAUACACACUGGAGCUAUCCUGUUUCUAGCCAAAAUUUCACAGUACACUGGAGGCUGUUGUUGAGGUUUUCUGGAGUGUGGGAAGUAGCUUUCGUGAAAAGGAAGUAGCUUUGAAAUCAGAAGCUUCCCCUUGUGUGGCUAUCCCACAAGGAGCUAUAUGCUAGCAGAAUAACUCUUACAGUGGGCUAUUAAUUACCAAUUAUACAUGUUUUGUCUCAGUCUUUUUAAACCCAUCUGUUAAUUUUAUACUGUUUUCUGUGUGCACUCCAAAGGCCUUUUGUGUUAUGUCAUAGCAAUGCAUGAACUCCUCUAAAAGGGAGGAGGCAUGAUUUUUAAAAUGCUACUGGCUGGUUCAGUACAUCAUUUUGUCUGCCUUUAUUAAAUUAGCUUGACUAAAAAGGGAUUUUCUUAUUCUUUUAUUUUAUAAUUUUACUAUGGAGUGUUGAUGAGCAUGCAUUUGGUAGCUAUAAAUGUAUUAAUAUUCUGUACUUCAUAUAUCUAGAAAUUUUGUGAGUUUCAAUUCAGUGUUCUGUUGUAUAUUAAAUUAAUGCUUAAAGCAGCCAUGGGUUUCACCUCUGUAUUAAGUGUUUGUGCACCUCAUCAUCACCAAAAAUAUUGAAAAUUAUAACUUUAAAAUAUUUAUUUUAAAAGUAUGCCAUGUACAGGUAUCAAGAAACCUUGUGCUUAAGUUCAUUUUAGUGAUUUUUAAAGCUAUAUUGCACAUUUAAAAGAUAAAUACAACACAAUUGUUUAAAAAAACUCACUUUGCACUAGGGUUGUCGGAUACCUCCUACCUUUAAAAGUCAUUUUAUUUCCAGUCAUAGCAAUUUAAGGUCUUUCUUAUAUUUCAAAACAUCACUGCUCCACUAGACUCCAAAGAACAAACAUUGUAGCAGUAUCUAUAUUUUUAAAUUUUUAUAUGGCAAUCCUAACAUAGUUUCACUUUAAUUAGGGACACCUUGUGGACACAGAAUCCAGGUAAUAGUUGCCAUAGUUUGCUUGGCUGAAGCAUUUGGCAAGCAGGAGGGAUGUAUCUAUAGCUGGUGUAGUUUUUGAGCAGGUUUACAGUGUGUGUCACUUAUUAGCACUAUAUAAAAAAUGGUCUAGAAUUUUUGGCCACAUUUGCAUGCAUUGCUUCAUGUUUCUGCUCACCUGAACUGUAGCUAGAUAUCAGGGCCAGAUUCCACUGGGAUGCUUACAGUCUUGCUGAUUCUCUUGUGCUUGGCCAAUUCCUGUCUACAAACAGUGCCCACCACUUGGAGAACAAAAGUUUAGGACUAAUGGGGACAACCAGAAAUUAGCAAAAAUAUUCAUUUCUAGAACAGUGCUGGUCAAUGGAACUCACAUAAUGGGGCUCCACCAGCCUGUCCCAGUAAAGAAACUCGUAUUUCUGCUUAUUUCACAGCUUUCGCUGGGAAAUGUUAAUUUAUUGUUGCAGAAGUAGUGGAUCCCACUUGUGUGGAAUUGCUGGGAUCCACAGUUGAUACAAGAGAAUCUAUGGGGUGCAAGAAAAUUGGUGGGGGCCUAAGUGUCCCAUUGAUUCUGCCCUGGUCUGUUCAUAUAACAAAUUAAAACACUGGUACUAAUUCUUGUUUGGAGUAAUAGUUCACAUGCUUUGUGGUUGGCUCUACAACAGAAUUUGCUCUACCUGAUCUUUAAAAUGAUGUCACCUGUCUCCAUAUUAUCUCAGACCCUGGUUCUGCAAACCAUUUAUACAAAACCAACUGACUUAAAAGUGAAUGCUUCUUUGUAAACCUGUGUAGGCUGUGGUCCUAAAUAUUGAUCCAAGCUGAAUGAAAAAGGUAAAUACUGUGUUUCUGUUUGAAAAUACUGUAUAAUUUAUAAUUAUAAGCAACUGUAAAGCUGAGAAGAAACUAGAAGUUAGGAAACAGAGUUUUUCUGUUUCAUUAUAAUUCCAGAUAUUGCAGAUUUCCUCUAGCAAUAACCCAUGUCAUAUAGUUGUUUCCUCCUGGUUGUGUAUGGCUAGGUAUUGCAGGUAAAAUUAAAUGAGAGAGAACAGAAAGCUUGACUAUACAAUUAUAUUGUUCCAAAUUAUAUUGUUGACUUCUAGUAUAGCAAAAAUCUUUUACAAAUGCACACACACACAAACAUUGGCUGGCUGUUGAACUGUAUUUAUCUGAGAAAAAUUUGGUUAUGUUUAUACAUCACAUUAUUCUUGAUCACUACCAUUCAGAUCAUUAAUGUUUUAAAAUCUACAUACAUGUGUGAUUUGGUGCCUCGGUGGAUGUACAAUCAUUCUCUGCCAACACUGGUGGCUUGGUAGUUGAGCUUUUUCAGUGAAGGGCAAGUGAAAUCCUAAUGCCAAGAUAAGUAUAAAGCUGCAUUUUUUGAGAGCAGCUAGCUCACAUAAUACUAAAUGUCUCAUUAAAGGGCUAUUGUAAGAAUAUGAAAAGAUUGUAAUUUUGGUUCUGCUAUAGGUAACAUCAAAUUCAAAGUCAUGAAUAUUUGUGAUAAAUCUAACCAUAGCUACUGAUGACAAGAGGAGAUUACUAUUUGAAACAUCUACCAAGCUUGUGAUUUCUAAUGUAACAAACAAAAAUAAAGUGUCCCUGAGAAAAUGCA